AUGAACGCCCUCAUCGAUUACAGCGGCAGCAGUAGCGACGACGACUCGGACGCCGAAGUAGAGGUGCCGCAGGACUACGCCGGCCCGCGCGUCGAGCAGGUCGACGAGCCCGCCGGCCCGGCCUACCCGAAUACCGACGGGGCCUACCCGGACGCCUACCCAGACGCCGACGCCGCGUACCCGAACACUGAUGGCGCCUACCCGAAUACGGACGGCGCGUACCCGGACACCGACGGCGCCUAUCCGGACACCGACGCAGCCUACCCCGACACGGACGCGGCCUAUCCGGACACGGACGCGCAGUUCGCCCCCGGGCGGACAUUCGAGGUCGGCGCGUGGCGCUGCGCCGAGUGCCAGGAGGAGGUCAAGCGCAUCCGCUACGAGUGCCCGCGGUGCUUCGCGCCGCGGAGCGAGCGGUGCCUCGCCUACGUCUCGGAGGACGGCGUCACGCGGCCCCUCGCGGAGCUGACGCUCGACCCGCGCGUCGCGGCGACGCUGCCGUGGGCCGCGUGGGAGGACCCCGCAACCGGCGCGCGCUACUACCACAACGACGCGACGGGCGAGUCGACCUGGGACGAGCCCGCCGACCAGUACCGGCCCGCCGAGCGCAAGCCGCCGUGCCCCGAGGUGCCGCCCGGCUGGGUCGCGACCUGGGACGUCGACGCGUGGGCCUACUACUUCUUCGACGCGGCGCGCGGCGCCUCCACCUGGCGCUACCCCGGGCCGCCGCCGCCGCGCGAGCGCUUCGUGGCCGCGGCCACUUACCUCGGCGCGCGCCCGGGCUACGUCUUCACGACGCGGCGCGGCCGCACGGGCUACUACCUCGAAGACGGCGGGGCGCCGCCGGGCGCCGCGCCGCCGCCGCGGGGCCGGGCGCCGCCGCCGGCCGCCGCCGCGCCGCCCCCGCCGGCCGCCGCCGACCCGCCGGCCGAGGACGCGUACGCGGGCCUGCCCCCCGACGUCGCCGCGCGCCUCGCGAGCCUGCGAGGCGAGGCGCCGCCGCCGCCCCAGGCCCCCCCGCCGCCGCCGCCGCCGACCCAGGGGCGGCAGAAACAGAAGAAGCGGAACCCCUGGGACGGCCUCGUCGGCCAGGCGCGGCGCGACAUGAAGGCCCGGUGCCUGGGCCAGCGCCAGGCCGGCGGCAACCGCGGCCAGGUCGACCUGAUGGACGUGACGGCCCCCGGCUACGCGACGUCGUACACGUUCGACGACGGCGCCGCACCGGCCGCGCCGGCCGAGCACGUGGGCCUGCCGUCGCCGGGCGAGGUGCUCCGCAUGAACGCGGCGGCGGGCGGUGGCGGGGCGCCGCCGCCGCCGCGUCGACAGCCCCGCGCCCCGGCCGGGAUGGUCCCGCGCGCCGCGCGCCAGGCACCGCGCAUGGUGCCGCGGUCCGCGCGGGAUCAGGCCGCGGCCGCGGCCGCCGCGGCGCUCUCGGGCGGCGGGAGCAAGAAGGAUGACGUUAUGGCUAUGUUCGCGGGCGCCGGCUUCAAGUCCUCCAAGGCCGCGGACUCGACGACGGCGAAGGACAUGUCCGAGCGCGAGCGGCGGGACGGCUGGGAGGACUUCCAGAGCCGCGUGAGUAAUGCCUAG